AAAAGAGCAGUUCAUCAAACGGACUACGUGGUUUCAUUAACAGGUAAGAGAGAUACAUUAUGACCCUUAAAAGACAAAUGUAGCAGUGGUUGUUAUAAUAAGUCAUUGUGAUACUAGCAUUUUUAAGUUUUUUGCACUCAUAUUCCCUCUCGUGACAGUUUACCCUCUUACUCUCUCCCUGCAAGGACAAGAUCAAGUGAAAAUGUUGCAUUAUAAAGUGAUGGUGACCACUGGCAAUCUUGCCCGUGCCUUCACUUUAAACAGGGUGCUCAUUAAGCUGGUUGGCACGAAUGGGGAGAGCAAACACAGGUCUCUCUUUGGCUUCAAAUGGAUUUUCCACUAUUUCAGAGGAACAGUGCCUAGUUUUACCCUGUCCUGCCCUGCCUCCAUUGGAAAGCUGGUCCUGAUAGAGCUAGACAAACGGCCCUUCCCACUGAUACCAAUCUCUUGGUUUGGUAGAGACUCUUGGUUCCCUGCCAAGGUGGAAGUGAAUUCCCCUGAAGGACAUACCUACAAGUUCCCCAUCUACCGCUGGAUCACUGACUUCGAAGUGCACCGCUUCAGAGAGGGAACAGCUCUGAGAGUCUUUGAAGACAACCAUCAUCUUGGCCUGUACAGUCGACAUCAGGAGCUGAUCAAGCGAUCGAAAGACUAUUGCUGGGAUGUGUAUGCUGAGGGAUUACCCCACAUCAUGAAGGCACAAGACACUGAUUCUCUGCCUCCUGAGGUCCAAUUCUCCUUCACCAAGGACACAGAGUUUAAAUUCACUAUAGAUACUGCUCUGGCUGAGCUGGCACUAAAAGGACUGGCUUUUUCCAAGGAGAACUGGUCUGAUAUUGAUUCAAGUGAUCAUGUGUUCUGCGGGAAAAAAACUGAAGUAACAGAAUAUGUCCAGGACCAUUGGAAGGAGGAUGCUUUUUUUGGCUACCAGUUUCUAAACGGAGUCAACCCCAUGAUGAUCCGACGCUGUUCAGCUCUACCCGAUAACUUCCCUGUCACUGAUCAGAUGGUCUUCCUCCAUGGUCAGAGUAGCUUGGCAGAUGAAAUGGAGGUGAUUAAAGGCAACAUCUUCCUGUGUGACUACAAGCACUUGGAUGGACUGAAAGCAAACACCAUCGAUGGGAAGAAGCAGUACUUGAUGGCUCCUCUUGUCCUGCUCCAGAAGACACCUGAUAAGAAGCUGAUGCCAAUUGCUAUUCAGCUGAAGCAGACUCCAGCAGAGGGCAAUCCCAUCUUCUUCCCUACUGAUUCUGAGUAUGACUGGCUGAUGGCCAAGAUUUUUGUGAGAAGUGCAGAUUUCAGUGACUAUGAGCUCAACACUCACCUGCUGCGCACUCAUCUGCUGGCUGAGGUGUUUGCAGUGUCGCUGCUGCGCAACCUGCCCAUGGUGCACCCACUGUACAAGCUUCUCGUACCUCACACUCGCUACACUCUGCAGAUCAACCUCUUAGCUCGAAAUACUCUAAUAUCUGACACUGGAGUUUUCAAAAGGAUUAUAGCCUCUGGUGGAGAGGCUUUGACCACACUCCUGCAGAGAUCUCUGUCCUCAAUGACCUACAGCUCUCUCUGCAUACCAGAAGACAUUGCUGAGCGUGGGCUGGAGGAUGUGCCGAACUUCUACUACAGAGAUGAUGGACUCAAGCUUUGGGAUAUUAUCCACAGUUUUGUGAAGGGAAUGCUCGGCUUCUACUACACGAGUGACGCUGAGGUCCAGAAAGACACUGAGCUGCAAAAGUGGAUUUCUGACAUUUUUGAACAUGGAUUCCUUUCCCAAGCAAGCACAGGAAUUCCACAGAAAUUUGACACCAUGGCUGAGGUGGUCAAGUUUGUCACCAUGGUGAUCUUCACUGGCUCAGCACAGCAUGCGGCUGUGAACAGUGGACAGUAUGACUAUGGUGGCUGGAUGCCCAACGCUCCCAUGACUCUGCAACUUCCUCCACCAACCACAAAGGGGACAACAAGCGAGGCCACCAUGCUGCAGACAUUACCUAACAAGGGGGAAACAUCUAAUGGACUGGCCGUCUUGUGGCUUCUCAGCAAGCAGUCCUCUGACUUUGUGGCUCUCGGCCAGUACCCAGACGAACAUUUCACUGAGGAUGUUCCCCGCAAGCUGAUAAAGGCUUUUCAAGGAGAGCUUGAAGUACUCAGUGCAGUCAUCCAAGUCAGAAACAGAACUCUGGAUUUACCAUACACAUUCCUGGAUCCUGUAAAGGUAGAAAAUAGUGUGGCCAUUUGAACAUCAGAAGGUGUGACCUCCUCAGCUGUCGGCCAAAUUCAGCUUCAUAUUAACAAAGUUGAGAAAGAGUACUGGAUAUUGUUAGCUGAUAUUGUAAAAGAAAAAAACUAUACUGUUUAAAUCAUAAUCCACAUCCUAAAUCUACUUAGUUUUUCAAUGGAUAUAAAGGACAUCUUAUAAAAAUAAAUUACAAAUGUAAAGGACAACAUCCUUGAAGCUGCUCCAUUAAAUCAUAUAAUUAAGCAAUAACUCACGACAGGCCGUUGUAUGUUGUGAUUAUACCACGGCUAAGGGGCGUUGUUCGACCCAACCAUAGCAUAUUAAUACAAAUUUAUACCUUUUUAUACCUUAUCCCAGAAGUCAUUCAACCUCAUAACCUGAUUGAGUGUGUUAUCAAUCAAUCAGAAAUGUUUAUUUGUCACAUGUGAUCAUAUAAGUUAGGAUGACAAGUUGGUGCUGCUGGGCGCUGUCCGCGGUGCUGAACUUGGUGACAGCCUAGACACUGACAGCGGAGAUUUCUCUCUCUCUUAAGAACAUUCACUUAUACACAAAUAUAGAGUCAGAUACACACUCUUCAAUCCACUCGUCCAUAGUUAGGCCACCACAGAGGACGAAGUUGACCAUAAAUGUUUCCAUUUUGUACGCUAGAAAACCAGUUUGAUACUAAUGGGAGAUUAAAGAGACUGUGGAACAAGCUGUUUUAGUUGCUUAGUAAUCGGCAGCUACAUGUCGAAGUAUCCUUGAGCAAGAUGCUGAACCCAAAAUUGCUUGUGUGAAUGAGCAUAAUGUGUAGUA